GCGAAAUCUUUGGCUUGGAUGGACGCUCCUUGCAUGGACGAUGCGCCGGCCGCCCAGCCAUGGAGCUUCGUGUCGAUGAACAUGAGCCUCCUGCCCAUCGCGCGACCGCUGCCCGUGCAUACCGCGAGCCCGCGAAGGGCCUCGGACAAGCCGUGCACGCCGAGCCACCAGUCGGUCGACAAGGCCGUGAGCAUCAGCCCGCGGCGCCAGGCCGGCCAUGCGUCGCAGAGCCUGCGUGAGCGUGUGCUGCGCCGCGACAAGGUGCGCAAGCGCGACGCCGUCGACGAGACCAUGGACGGCAGCGAAAGCGACGUCGCGGCGCCGCCCGUCGUCCGCGUCAAGCGCAUCCUCGAGAUCCUCGACGAAGACCGCAGCGUCCAAGACGACGUUAUGCACGCCGUGUCGCCGCGCAGCGCCAAGAAGGUGCGGCUCACGUAACCUCUUAGCUUUCUAGUCUCCUUAUUCUAUGCCACCAAUGCCAUUGGUCUAUGCACUGUGUACGACG